GACAGUCGUGGAGAGUGUGUCGUCUGCCUUGGUUCACAUCAAGACAUACAGGUCUCCCGCUGCGCUGGCACCUCGGCGAAACACCAUGGUGAAAAUUGUUUUGUUUUUUUUAUUGGACGGAGCUCUGCUCCGGUAUUGGCGGCAGCGUCCUCUUCCGCGUCCCCAUUAGGGUUCACUGAUGACGGACACACUCUCACAGGCAGCGCUAAUGCUACGAGCCGCCGUCAGUUAGGGACCAUCAAACAAAUUGUAAAGCCUCAAAGUAUGAGUGAAAUUUUCAGUAAGGCCAUGGAAAAAAAGCAUUUUAGGAGAGAGAAUUGUGAGAAGGUUUUUCAUCACACAAGACAAAGGACUGACAGUUUGUAUCAUGAUUUGGAGAAUAGACUCUGACUCCAUGAUCAUUUCUUCACCUGAUGGUUUCUAAUGUUUCUUCAGCAGCAUCUAGGAACUGUGUCCAGACUGCUCCAUAGUUCAAGUCAACUGUUCAGAGACAUGAGAUACAGCAGACAGACGGCUACAGAGACCGUGGCGGCUGACCAUAGUUUAAAAGGCCCCGGGGUUUCCACUACAUGUAAACUGCCUCCAUUGGUCGCUUUUUUAAGAUGAAAUCUCACAUGAUCCAAGGUAGGUCAAGUGGAAACAUGACACUUAACACAACAUGGUGUUUUUAACGGAAAAAUCCAGAAAGAAACCUCAUAGUGACUGAAGUCCCCCGCACAUUCCAGUCGGACAUAGGAAGCGAGGGAUUUGCUACUUCGUUUUUAUUGUCACCUAUUCAGUAAAAGUCAAAACUCUCCCAUCUGCUUCCUUGUUUCUCUGUGGCUUGUUGAUUGAAGAGAGUCUGGACUGUAUCGCUGUAUGUCGUGAUUUAUCACAUCGUCUCUGAUGUAUCGGGAUACUUAUCGUGUAGCCAGAAUACUGCCAACACAGUGUUGCGAUAAUAAUUGCGUAUCAUAUCAUGAGGUCCCCUGGGAUUCCCAGCCCUAUUCACGUGUUCACAUGUGACAUACCACCUGCAAAAUCCAUCAUGAUGUCGUGCUACUCACAAAGAGUCAUGUUAUGCUGCAUUCUACCGCCAUUCGACCAGACCACUGCAGCCUUCCUGUUCAGCAGAACCUGGAUGCUCAAUGUGUACGUCCACUGCUAAAAACAGUAAAGAUGUGACUCAGUAGUUACAGUUGAAGUGCUGCCAGCUGCUUAUAAAUAUAAACUCAGAAACCUCGGAUACGAACCUGACAGGGAUUUCUUCAUGGAUGCUCUCCUACUUCUGUGUUUGGAGAAGACUUCUGAGUGAAAUGUGGCUUGAUGACGGAUGACUCAAUUAAGAUAUUAACAGGCAAGUUUUGAGCCAAACAUUGUCAUCAAGCCUCUUAAUGAGGAGUGCUUUUAUUUAAUUAUCACACAGAGAGGCUCUGGAUUCGUUGGAUGGUUUUGUCCUGCCACAAGAAAAAGUCAUUAGUUAAUGCAGCUCCGAGGACAACGAACUGCUGAGACUUAAGCUUCCGCUCUGACUCGUCGGGUGCUUUCUAGUGUGUGAUUGACAUGUAAUCUCAAGGUCUAAAGUGCAUCAGCUGACUUGUUCGGUAAGAAGUGAUUUAACUGAUUGGAAGUUGGACAGAUGAUUCAGGUUUUCAAUGUGUGUGCACGAGGAUCCACAAGUCUAAGAGUAUCUGCUCCUUGUGCGUGUGGACAGACUUGUGCGCAGCAGAUGUGUGUGGUGGAGUGAGCUCUUCUCCACAGCUGUCCUCUUGAUAUGUAGGAGCCGAUAUAGAAAGAAAAUAGAGGCGGUUUUAUAGGGCUGCAUCCAAGCCCACUUUUCCAUGCUUUUGGAUCCUGAAAAAAGUCAUUUUCCUGUCUGUAGGAGACGUGUUUUAUAUGAAGAUAAAAUAUACUCGGUGGGUUUCAUUGGGAAGCACUUUAUGACUGGCUGAGACGCCUUGUCACUGCGGAGAGGAUGCCUCCACUGCUGACACCUGACUUUGCUCUGAUCUGCUUUAUUCAUCAUCAACGAUGAAAUGUUUUCUGAAAAAGAGCUGUAUAACUACGCAGUACAUUGAAGAUAAGGUUUGUGAGAGGCAUGAGUUAGACUUCAUAAUGACACUUUAUUCCUCAUAUCUGGUCAUGGAUGGCUGCGAUUACAACAGGAGGUGCUGGGGAGUCGGGGAAGAGCACCAUUGUGAAGCAGAUGAAGAUUAUUCACGAGGAUGGAUACUCAGAAGAGGAGUGCAAGCAGUACAGAGCGGUGGUCUACAGCAACACAAUCCAGUCCAUCAUGGCCAUCAUCAAAGCCAUGGCCAAUCUCAAGAUCAACUACGAAGACCCUGCUCGAGCGGACGACGCCCGUCAACUCUUCGUUCUGUCGGCCGCUGCAGAGGAGCAGGGCGUGCUGCCGGAGGAGCUGUCCAAGGUGAUCCAGCGGCUGUGGUCGGACAGCGGCGUCCAGAGCUGCUUCACUCGGGCCCGAGAGUAUCAGAUCAACGACUCCGCUGCCUACUACCUGAACGACCUGGAGAGAAUAGCCAAGCCUGACUACAUCCCCACGCAGCAGGAUGUGCUGAGGACUCGCGUGAAGACCACCGGCAUCGUGGAGACACACUUCACCUUCAAAGACCUGCACUUCAAGAUGUUUGAUGUCGGCGGCCAGCGAUCCGAAAGGAAAAAGUGGAUUCACUGUUUCGAAGGAGUCACCGCCAUCAUCUUCUGCGUGGCCAUGAGUGCCUACGACCUGGUGCUGGCCGAGGACGAGGAGAUGAACCGGAUGCACGAGAGCAUGAAGCUCUUCGACUCCAUCUGCAACAACAAGUGGUUCACCGAGACCUCCAUCAUCCUCUUCCUCAACAAGAAGGACCUGUUUGAGGAGAAGAUCACGCGCAGCCCACUCAAGAUCUGCUUCCCGGAGUACACCGGCCCUAAUGAGUACAAGGAGGCGCAGGCCUACAUCCAGACCAAAUUCGAGGACCUAAACAAGAAGAAGGACUCCAAGGAGGACACCAAGGAGAUCUACACCCACUUCACCUGCGCCACCGACACCAAGAACGUGCAGUUUGUGUUCGACGCCGUCACCGACGUCAUCAUCAAGCACAACCUGAAGGACUGCGGCCUCUUCUGAAGACCGAGGGCGCUGAAGAUCACCUCUGCACUGGCCCAACCCAACUCCUGCUUCCAUCUGCGUUCUUUUUCAAAGACACCUAAGAGACUGAGGAGCCGCCGCGUCUCCGGAUUCCGAUGAUUCCAGUUUGGCUCUCUCUGGGCGCUGACCACGACCAUCCACACUUGUUGUCAUGUUCUUUGUUUUCAUUCACUAGAGGAAGCAAACUUUUUUAUAUCAAUGUUUUCGACUGUUAGAUGAUGUGCUGAUAUUAAACAUUUUAAUCUCAUGAAGCUCGUUUUUACCAGAUGAAGUACAGGCAUGGAUUUAUCUUUGAUUUGUUACAUGUUUACAGACGAUUCAUUUCUCCACGUCUGCGGCCACGUGGCUGUCCAUCCGUCCUGCAUGACUCAUCUAAUAUUAGCUCUGUGAUCUACUAACAUUCCUGCGAGAAAAACACACCGACAUCCUGCCGACUUCUAGCUGAUAUUUAUGUUUUCUGUUUUUGUUUUAUUGCUACGACGUCCCUUCGCUUCUGAAAGAAAUAUUUCUGCUGCCGAUUGUUUGUGCCUCUCACCAUCAAGUCUCUCGUGUACCUUUUUCUUCCCCCACUUUUUGUUCCUUCUUGCUUGUAGCGUUGAUGGCAAUUGAUAAUAAAUCUAAUUCCGAGCAAAGGUUAGCGUUUUUCGGUUCAUAAUAAAUGCCUGUAUGUUUUAAUUUAAAUAAAAGUAGCGAUCACAUGACUG